UCUGAUAUUUAAUCAGUCGUCAGUAGCAGCAGCUUAUUAAAGACACACAAGAAGGAUCUGGAAUCUAUCGUCUGUCCUCGUCUAUAAAUUCAAUCCCACAAACCUAAACGCUUUCUUUCGGUUUUAGCUUUAAAAAAAAAGGUAUCAGAGAGAUUCAUCUGCUCUUGAAGAGGAAGAAGACUCGAAGGUUCUUAAACAAAGCGCUUACUUUUCGUCAAUCUAUUGUUUUUGUUGAGAAAUUAAUCGAGCAUGGAAGAAGAAGGAAUCGCAACGAGGAGGACGUACUGGUGCCACAUGUGCUCUCGAACAGUGGAUCCACUUAUGGAAGCUGAGAUCAAAUGCCCCUUUUGUGCAAGUGGCUUUGUUGAAGAGAUGUCCGACGAAGAGGAACAUGAUGAUCACAGAGCAAACAGCACCUCUCUCUGGGCUCCCAUCUUGAUGCAACUCAUGAAUAAUCCUAACCAGACUACUGCUGAAGAUAAUCAAAACCACGUGGCAGAGGCAGAGGCAGAGACCGAGAACGAAGCUGCUGGAAACGAUGUGGAUUCUCAGCUCCAAGAGAUCCUCAGGAGAAGAAGAGGAAGAAGUUCUGUUUCCGUCAUACGACUAUCUCUUCGUGGAGUAGGAGGAGCAGGGUCGACACUUGAACCUGAUGACAACAACAACAACAACAACAACAACGGAGAUGGUGGUGGUGGUGGUGAUAGAGAGAGAGGACGCUUGAUCAUGGUGGAUGGUGGUUCUCUGAGUGAGUAUUUCAUCGGUCCUGGAUUCGAAGCCCUUCUUCAGCGUUUAGCUGACAACGAUCCCAACAGAUACGGAACACCUCCAGCUCUCAAAGAAGCUGUUGAGUCUUUGUCUACUGUCAAAAUCCAAGAGGAGGAUACUCUGCAGUGUUCGGUUUGUUUGGACGAUUUUGAGAUUGGGAUGGAAGUGAAAGAGAUGCCUUGUAAGCACAAGUUCCACGGUGACUGUUUACUCCCGUGGCUUGAGCUUCAUUGUUCGUGUCCGGUUUGUAGGUAUGAGUUACCUUCGGAUGAGACAAAGACGGAGUCUGCAAGAACUGAAGAACCAAAUGGUAACGAUGGUGGAAGUGUGUCUUCUUCUUCUACGAGCAGCCAAGGAAGUGGGAACAGUCACCCUACUGAGCAAGGAGAAGAAGAAGAGGAGGAGAGCGAUGAUGGUGAUGGGAUUGAAUUAUCAAUCCCGUGGCUGUUUAGCAGCUUGUUCUCGUCGUCCCAAGGCAGCAGCAACCCAUCGACUGAUACAAACUGAAAGAAAGAAACAUGUUUCCUGAGACAACGAAAGCUUUUGUGAUAUGGUCAUGAGACCACGGUUCAAAUCUUAACGUGUUUUUUUUUGGGGUUGUUUGUACAUAAGCUUCCCAAAUUUGGUUGAAUGUUCUACCCUUUAGUAAACAAAAAUCUAUGAGCUUGUGUUUAGUCCCCGAAGUUUAUGGUUGGUUUAUUAAUAACACUUCACUGGAUCUC